CGUGUUGACACUCAGGAAACACCUGGGAUAUGCGAGCAGCAUUUCUUCCUGACAUUGACCUUAUUUGCCGUUUGUGGAGGGAUUCAUCUCAAUCUCCUUGAGUAUACUAUCAACUCCAUACAGAAAAGUCUGCGUAGUGUGAAGAAAGAUUAGAUUAUGGAGAACAAGUGAAUGUCAAAAAAAGCCCCAAAACCCCAGACCCGACAGCCCGCGUACACCAGAUGUCCCAAAAGGUGUCUCACGGUGCCCGGGGACAUUUCGCUCGCAAACUUCUGAAUGACCUGAUGGAGGACUACUCCAAUGCUCUGAGGCCUGUCGGGGACACCGACAAAGCCCUCAAUGUCUCUCUUCAGAUCACUCUGUCCCAGAUUAAAGAUAUGGACGAGCGAAAUCAGGUGCUCACCACAUACCUGUGGAUCAGACAGGUGUGGCACGAUGCCAACCUGAAGUGGAACAAGGAGGACUAUGACGAUCUGGAAAUGAUCAACAUUCCGAGCGACUUGGUUUGGAAGCCUGACAUCGUCCUCUAUAACAAAGCAGAUGAGUCGUCGGGUCCAUCCAACACCAACGUGAAGCUGCGCUACAACGGUGAGAUUGUCUGGGACUCCCCAGCCAUCACGAAGAGCACGUGCGUGGUGGAUGUUUCCUACUUCCCUUUUGACUGGCAGCAGUGCAACCUCACAUUUGGCUCCUGGACGUACAAUGGGAACCAGGUGGACGUUAGCUUGGGGAUGGACAGCGGCGACCUGUCUGACUUUGUGGAGAACGUGGAGUGGGAGUGUCACGGCAUGCCGGCGGUGAAGAACGUCAUGAUGUACGGCUGCUGCUCGGACCCUUACACUGAAGUCACUUACACCUUGCUCCUGAAGCGCCGCUCUUCCUUCUACAUCUUCAAUCUGCUCUUGCCUUGCUUCCUUAUCUCCUUCCUGGCGCCACUGGGCUUCUACCUGCCGGCUGACUCCGGGGAGAAGGUGUCGCUGGGUGUCACCGUGCUGCUAGCGCUCACCGUGUUCCAGCUGCUGGUGGCCGAGAGCAUGCCGCCAGCAGAAAGCAUGCCCUAUAUAGGGAAGUACUACAUCGUCACCAUGACCAUGAUCACCGCUUCCACAUCUCUCACCAUCUUCAUUAUGAACAUUCAUUUCUGUGGAGCUGAGGCCAAGCCAGUCCCCCAAUGGGCUAAAGUCCUCAUCAUAGAUUACAUGUCCAAAAUAUUUUUUGUCUAUGAGGUCGGGGAAAACUGUACCACUCCUGAGUGUGAGAAGAGCCCCCUGUACCAUGACGAAACCUUGAGUGACGCAAGCUUCGACCCUCACCACUGUGACACCCACCACUUUAACUGCGACGAGUACAAACGCAGCGACGGCCACGGCAUCCAUCAUUACAGCCAAGAUCGCAAUAAACAGGCAAAUGGCAAAGUAAACAACAAAGACCGUGGCAAGAACCACACCUCUCAACCGGGAUGGGCAGAGGUGAAGAGAGAGGCGGAGCAGCGUUGCCACCAUUAUGUGACAAAUGAUGAAGACUACACGGCUGUUCCUCAACCUCCGUACCUUCAGCAUUUGAACAGAGGACCGACGACGCAGAUCUACUAUCCUGAGGAGAAGCACCAGAUCUUGGCCUGCCCCUGCAACUGUCGCUGCCUCCAACACAACCAGGUAGUGAAGAACAUCCAGUUCAUGGCAGACUGCUUCCGCGAGCAGAGGACCACCUGCGCCAAGGCUGCCGAGUGGAAAAAGGUUGCCAAGGUGAUGGGUCGAUUUUUCAUGUGGAUCUUCUUCAUCAUGGUGUUCCUCAUGAGCAUCCUAAUUAUCGCCAAGGCAUCCUGACAGUUUGUUUUUCCAACACUCAUCCACAAUUAACCCCCCCGCAUCACCCAACUCCCAUCUUAGAGUUGGAACGAAUCCGAACCGUUUAUCGACAGUACAAUGAAAGGUGUUUCAUAUGUCAGUAUUGUGCGCCGUUUGCGUGACGUCACUUUGUUUACUGUGACAUUGUGCUUGGACAUACAAGACAUGGAGGGAUCAGUAAAACAAUAUACGCAGGCUACACCAAGACGUGGCACGGACUCUCCAUUAUUGAUGGUCUGUAAGACGGGCGUUCAGCUAUAGGCAUGACAAAGCUUAAGCUCAUUAGCCACUCCAUUGAGGGUACUUGCACACUCUUACACCGUUUCACACCAUUCACUCUGUCUUCAGACCACUUCCGUCCUAACGCUUCCUGGAGUUAACGUCACGUCGAGCAUCCACGUUUGUUUUAAUGAAACUAGAUGUGAACAAACUAUCAAGAAAAUAUCAAGUAAUAGUGUUCUUUUAUUAUUGAAUGUAAUAAUAUUUAUGAAUAAAGAUGAAGGCGCCCUGGUGCUUUCUGGAAAAGCAAGCAAUCACCUCACCUUUACAGAGAUUAAAAAAAAACUAGGACUUUGAUCUUAUUGACUACAAGCAAGUCAUGCAACUUCCCAUCGAAUUGAACAUCAACCUGAUAAACACGAGUCAC